CUUACUCAAAUCUUUCAAGAAGCAUGUUCCAAGUUGAAACCACCGUUCAGGUUUCAAUGAAAGAAACAUUUCUUUAGUGUAUUUUUGUUAAGCUAAUCAUUUUCGACAGAUUCUUGCUCGUUGGUUUGAGGAUGAGUUGCUGGAGAAAGAAGAUCGGACAAGCCACUGGACCACAAAAACUGUUUAUGGAUAAUGGAAGCAUUCUAUUAGAAGAGGUCGUCAAAUGUUGCGACGAGGUACUCUUGAUGAUAAUAGACUAGUAGUAAUCAAGAAGAAGGCAUAUGGAGGCCUUCAUGCCAGAAAGAUAUGCCGUGACAUCUCGAUUUCAUCAAUGGUGAGUGGUCAGAAGAACUUCAUCAAGUUGUUGGGAUGUUGUCUUGAAUUCACUUGUCCUGUUCUAGUAUGUGAAUAUGCAGAGGGCAUAACUCAGAAUGAUCUGCACCAAAUCGAUCCAACAUUACCAUGGAAUACAAGGAUAAAGAUAGCUAGAGAUAUCUCAAAUUCGUUAGCCUACCUUCACACCGCCUUUUCAACAACAUUCAUCCACAAAAACGUGCAUCCUCGGAACGUAUUCUUGGAUGUGAAAGGGGUCGCAAAGUUGGGAGAUUUCCGCAAUUGCGUAACGAUUCCGCAAGGAGAAUCCUUUGUACGAGAAUACAAACUAGAGGGAACGUAUGGAUACCUAGAUCCUAACUACAUGUCAAAGGGAAUAAUCACCGAGAAUGUGGAUGUCUAUAGCUUUGGAGUAUUUAUGUUAGUUCUCUUGAGCAGAAGAACUCCAGGUUUGGAUGAUGAACUACAUCCAGAUUUUCUGACCGAGUUGGCGAAAAAUGGCAGAUUUGUUGAAAUCUUGGAUCCAAAUUUGUUGGAAAACAUAGGUGACUUUGCAGAACAAGAGCUAUGUCGCAUGCAAGCUUUUUUUCUACUUUCACUCAAAUGCAUCGGUGUUAGAGGAGAAGUUCCGGAGAUGAUGGAAGUGUCCAAGGAACUGAAAAGGAUUGAGAGAUCCUAAGCAAAGUUAGUACUUGCUCACUUUGACUAUGGGGAUUUUAAAAGGGCUUCUAAUUCUAUAUAGGGUCAUUCACUUGAUUUGUUUUCACUUUUUGAUAUGUAACUAGCCCUGGGCAUUCGGGUACUUUGAUCGGGUUUGGGUUUCUCGGGUAGAGGAGUUUAGGAUCCAAUAGGGUAAACAUAAAAAUUCGUUCGGUUUCCGUUCGGAUCCAUUCGGGUUUGGGUCGGUUCAGGUAUAAAUUUUCAGAACCGUUAAAAAUCCGAGAUUUUUCGGGUACACAAAUACCCGAAUAUUUACCCGACUCUUUUUCGUUUUCAAAAAUUGUUUCAAGUACUGUAUAUGAAUAUGUUUUCAGAUUUA